CUCCAGCUUCUCUACACCUCCCUCUUUAGCUCCUUCUCCCUCCCUCCCUCUCUCUCUCUCUCUCUCUCUCUCUCUCUCUCUCUCUCUCUCUCUCUCUCUCUCUGAUACACUCUCACACUCGCAGGCGUCCGGCUUCACACACGCCAGGAUCUUCCCACUCUACCUGACCGCUCUAUAUGUGGCACAGCAGACUCCUACGCUGCCGUCCGUCCUGACGGAGGAGGAGAAGAAGAUACAGAGAGAGAAAGAGAGAGAGAUACAGAGAGGGAGGGAAGACUGCCGCAGCUGUCCUACAGCGCGUGGAACUACAGCUCUCUAUCCGUCCUCUCCGCUGCUCUCCUCUCCUCUCCUCCCUUAUCCUCUCUUUUUCAUCAUGAACCUGCUCUUAUCUGGUUGCUAAGGAGGUGAGAUCGAGCUCGGAAGAGGAAGUGCACACGGCGGGAAUUUGUUGCUAAGGCCCUGAGCUGCAGUCACAUCAUCAUGGAGGAGGAACGAGCCGAGAGCGCGGCACAGGAAGAGCAGGAGCAGGAAGAGACGGCGCAGACGGCGGAGACAGCAGGGAAGGCAGAGACGCCAGAGACGCCAGAGACGCCAGAGACGCCAGAGACGGCAGGGACGGCAGGGACGGCAGAGUCGUCAGAGAUGGCAGGGACGGCAGGGACGGCAGAGUCGGCAGAGUCGGCAGAGUCGGCAGAGUCGGCAGAGUCGGCAGAGUCGGCAGAGUCGGCAGAGUCGGCAGAGUCGGCAGAGAUGGCAGGGACGGCAGGGACGGCAGGGACGGCAAAGACACUGGGGAUGACGAGGACUGCAGGAACAGAUCCUGAGGAGGACUCGCCAAACAUGAUCGUUUACAGGAAGAUUGAAAGCAUAAUCACCAGAAUCCAGGAUGAAACUGAUGGUGUGCCCAUCAGAACCGUCAAGAGCUUCAUGUCAAAGAUUCCCAGCGUGGUCACAGGUUCAGACAUCGUUCAGUGGCUGAUGAAGAAUCUUUCCAUUGAGGAUCCUGCGGAGGCUUUGCACAUUGGGAGCUUGAUCGCUGCUCAGGGAUACAUCUUCCCCAUCUCGGACCACGUGCUUACCCUGAAGGACGACGGCACCUUCUAUCGCUUUCAGGCUCCCUACUUUUGGCCAUCAAAUUGCUGGGAGCCAGAAAACACAGAUUAUGCCAUUUAUCUGUGUAAGAGAACAAUGCAGAACAAGACUCGGCUGGAGCUAGCGGACUAUGAAGCGGAGAACCUGGCGAGGUUACAGCGAGCGUUCUCCAGGAAAUGGGAGUUCAUCUUCAUGCAGGCCGAGGCUCAGGUUAAGAUUGACCGGAAGAAGGAUAAGACGGAGAGGAAGAUCCUGGACAGUCAGGAGCGAGCGUUCUGGGACGUUCACAGGCCAGUGCCUGGCUGUGUCAAUACCACUGAAAUGGACAUAAGGAAGUGUCGCCGCAUGAAAAACCCACAACGAGUCAAGAAGUCAGUGUACGGUGUGGCAGAAGACACACAGACACAGAGUCCUGCACACACACACUCACAGCAAAACAGGAAGGACACUAAGGAGGACGUUGAGAAGGAGAUUUUAUUCCUGAACACUCAGCUGGACCGACACUGCAUGAAAAUGUCCAAAGUGGCAGAAACGCUGAUAAGCUACACUGAGCAGUACCUGGACUACGACCCGUUUGUGUCUCCCCUGGAGCCUUCCAACCCCUGGAUCGGUGAUGACAUCACUUUCUGGGAGAUGGAGGCCAGCAAAGACCCAAGCCAGCAGAGGGUUCGGAAAUGGGGCUUUUCUUUAGACGAGGCUUUGAAGGAUCCGGUCGGACGGGACCUGUUCCUCAAGUUCUUGGAGUCUGAGUUCAGCUCAGAGAACCUGCGAUUCUGGUUGGCGGUGCAGGAUUUGAAGCGGCGCCCCCUGCAGGAUGUUCCCGCUAGGGCUCAGGAGAUCUGGGAGGAGUUUCUUGCUGAAGGUGCUCCAAGCGCCAUAAAUCUGGACUCACACAGUUAUGAGAGAACCAGUCAGAAUCUCAAAGACUCCGGACGCUACAGCUUCAAGGACGCACAGGAUCACAUCUACAAGCUGAUGAAGAGCGACAGCUACACCCGGUUCUUACGCUCCAGCACUUACCAGGACCUCCUGCUUGCCAGAAAGAAGCCUGAAAGUGAGCAGGGUCGCCGUACGUCUCUGGAGAAAUUCACCCGCAGCGUGGGUAAGUCUCUGACGGGGAAGCGUCUGACAGGCCUCAUGCAGUCCUCCUGACGAGCCCCGGGCCAUGAUUAACCUUGUUAUAUCGAAGAAGCAGAGGAAGCAGCACGAUGGUGUGCAGCGAUACAGCAGAAGCACAGGACAUCUGCUCCACCUCGAUGGCGUAGCCACAGACUACGGCAUGCAAUAAGUCAACAAAAACCUUACAAACAUGGACUGUCUGUAUUUAACCAGAUUAUAUCUAAACCUCUGAUAUGAGAUAACAACAAAAGACAACGCAUAUGAAUGUCAGGUUUUUUUUU